AAGAUGCCUUCCGUGCGCGCACACGCUGGUGUGUUCCCACAGCUGCCAUAGAAAUGGUAAAGUGACUCGUUCAAAGUUAUCCGUCUCGAUGUGUAACUUUUAAAACUUCGCCUUUUACGCCGGGGGACUGCCAAUCUCAUUAUAUUUCUGAAUUUGUAUUCUUUGCCACCAAGGACGGCAGCUAGCAACACCGCGUAGGAGGAGCCUGCGGCUUGUUUCCGCUAACAGCAGGCCGAUUUCUAAUCGAAGUCAUCUAUGUUACUCUACUGAGAAUUUGUCAACAGCGGUGGGGAUCUUGUCCGCUUUUUGAGACACUUUUAAGUGUCGAAAAACAUCGCAGUUAAAGCCAGGUGAGGUUGUUCACCGCAGAGUAUAAGAAGCGACAGCUGGACUGUCAGCAAUGGAAGCCGAGUUUCAGGAAAUCGACGAUAACGGGAUCUGGAGCGCCAUUUAUCAGGAGAUUCGUCAGCAGUCAUGUGAACUCCCCUGUAAGGUUGCCAAACUACCAGAAAACAAGAGUCGGAACCGCUACCGGGAUGUCAGCCCAUUUGACCACAGUAGAAUAUGUCUGCAGCAGAGUGCCAAUGACUACAUCAACGCCAGCCUAAUAUCCGUUGAAGAGGCCCAGAGGAACUAUAUCCUAACUCAGGGACCCCUACCAAACACGUGUGGGCACUUCUGGGAGAUGGUGUGGGAGCAGCGAAGUCGUGGUGUGGUAAUGCUGAACAGAGUCAUAGAGAAGGGAUCAGUUAAAUGUGCACAAUAUUGGCCACACAGAGAAGAGGGAGAUGCUGUCUUUGAAGAUACCAACUUCAAGCUUAACUUUGUUUCCGAAGACAUCAAAUCUUAUUACACAGUUCGUCAUUUAGAACUGGAAAAUCUGUCUACGCUGGAGACACGUGAAAUUUUACAUUUUCACUACACCACCUGGCCUGACUUUGGGGUGCCAGAGUCUCCAGCUUCCUUCCUUAAUUUCUUGUUCAAAGUGCAAGAGUCAGGCUGUAUGAAUUUGGACCAGGGGCCAGUGGUGGUGCACUGCAGCGCGGGCAUUGGACGUUCUGGAACCUUUUGCCUCGUGGACACAUGCCUCCUAUUGAUGUCCAUCCGCAAGGACCCAUCCUCGGUCCGUAUCCGUGAUGUUCUGCUGGAGAUGCGACGCCAUCGUAUGGGCUUAAUUCAGACUGCAGAUCAACUUCGCUUCUCCUACCUUGCUGUCAUUGAAGGUGCCAAAUACAUCAAGGGGGAUAUGUCUUUGCAGGAAUCAUGGAGAGAAUUUUCAAACGAGGAGGAUGAUACCUCUGAGCGCACCCCUCCGCCUCCCCUCCUCCCUCCAAGAGACCCUCAUAAUGGCAGAAUUGAAUCAUUUUUUCCUGAGAAUGAUCAGAUUGUCCAACUGAUGGAAAUCCACAGUCUAGGGUCAUCUCAAGACUCAGAGCUGCGGAGAAGAACCAUUGUUGUCCCCCAGCCUCCUCCGGAUGAUGCUAGUCACCACGAUGCUCACAUGAAAGCCCAAGAUCCAACCUCCAAAUCUGAACCCAAUGCCCAGCUGCAGCAGGAGCAGCAUGAAGCGGUGGAGGCACUUGAGCAGAUAGUUGAAACCUCUCCAGCUCCUGAGAAUUGGUCACCGCUACUCGCCAACGUGUGCCUGUGCACAGCGCUGGCACUCAGUGCUUACGUCUGCUAUCGAGCCAUUUACCACUGACGUCUGUCUGUCUCUAUCGCCAGUGUUGGUGCAAAGUGGACUAGCCUGGCCAAACAAGCAUCUCAGACUGCCAGUGAGUGGAUUGCUUGAACUUCUCCAAAUUCAACCGAUUCACGGAAAUAGCAGGCAGCCAAUCCUUAUCAGCCACCUAAAUGUCAUUUUAGUCUUGGAAGCUCAGGGCCUUUUCAUGGUGUCACGUCCCACAUACAUAUGUCAACUUAAACGCACAAAGAGGCAACAACGUUCUACAAACAGAUAAGAGUGCAUAGAGAAAUCUUAAAAUGCUACACUUAGGGGACCAAAACAUAUUUUAUUCUCGCUUUUUAAUUUAAAAAAAAAUAUCUUUUAUUAUUUUUUUUACAGUCGUUCAGUUUGUGCGUGAUUGAAAGCUUCUCAGUCAUAAAUGUGACUAUUGAAUGCAGCACCUAACAAACAGGCUUUCAUAAAAUAAAAGGCUGCCAGAGCCUGUUUGUUAAGGUUGUUAACCAAGAACAACAAUGUGCGUAUCACUGAAAAAUGACAGCAAAGUCUGCAGCAGAUCGUAACCUUAUCCUUAAUUUAUCUGUCUCUGUCUUAUCUCCAAUAAAUAGCUUGCAAGUAAAUGUUUCUUAACUAACAUGGCACCAAUAUCGCAUCCACUGAUCACAGAGGGAAGCUUCAAAUCUCAUAUUAAACACAUGCUGCUUUAAAAAUAACCAGCUUCUGUAUAUAACGUGUUCUUCAAACCUGCUGACUAAAAACCUCACAAGGGAGUCCAAAUUUAAAGUUGAGGUGCACUCAAACCUUUUUUGCAAGGUUCAAUCGCCGCCACAUCAUAAAAAAACAAAGAUAACUGUACAAUGGUAAGAAAAUAGUGGCAAAUAAAACCUUGCACCGACAAAACAUUUGUCAUUGAUAACAAUUGUAAUGAUUGGACACCACAUUCUAGUUAUCAACACAUAAUUAACUUAACAUUUUAUUCACAUGGAUUAAUUUGGCUCCAUUUAUAGCCUAGCUUCUCGCUUUGCAGCUGGUGUGUGUGUUAGAAGCAAAACAAAAGGCGUUCAAGGUGCUUCACUAUUUUUAUUGGAUUUCCAAAGUUCCUCAACUUGGUCAGUAUUGUCUGUGUAGCAGAAAUUGUGUGUGUAUUUUGCAAAUGGCAAUCUAUAAGGAUUUCCACUGAAACUCAUUUUACAAGAUCAAUUACAGUUAAUAUCAGAGUCACUCAAUAUAACCAUAAUAUUUGUUUUUUCCCCCAAUAUUUCAGAUUAAAACAAAAAAGAAAAGAUAAAUGUUAUCAAAGAUUAAUUUUAUCAUCAUCUAUCUGAUGAUAAAUAAAUAAAUAUAUAUAGAUAUAUAGAAUAGAAGAUUCUUGUAAAGAUCUCUGCAGGUUUGGAGAACGUGUCUUAUACAUUACAGUCCCAUAUAUGUAGCCACACAAUUUACAGACAUGGAUAGUAAGACGGUGAUUCAAAUGAUUAAGACAAGGUGAAAUUAAAAUAGCAUUGAAGGAUCUACAUCUGUAGGUUUCCAACAGGUGGCUCUUGUGCUACCAGUAGAAUCUACAUGUUAUUGUUAUGGAGUAGGAGUGAGACUAUCAAGAUUUGUAGGUCAUCCGCAUAUAUUGAUCACAGUCCACUGUGAUCAGUGGUGUCAAAGGCUUCCUAAGGGGCUUCUGAUGAUACGUCAUGCUUAUUUUUCUUUCUUCAAACUACAGUAGGCUUUAUCUCCUAUUUUACCGCCUGUUUUCUGUAUCUACUUACCCAAAUUGGUUAGAAUCACAUGCGAGAUUACCUGAACAUACUGAAAAAAGCUCAGUUUUUAGUCCCCCAAUAGUAAGUUCAAGUGUGUAAAAGUGAGAGGGAAGUGCCCCUGUGCCCACAAGAUAAGAGCUGAAUUCUGGGGAGGCCACUGAUUAUCAGACCUCAUUAGUGGCCCAUGACAAGCUGAAGCAGACACAUGGAUUGGCCUCACACAGCAUGUGUGUGUGUCAGUGUACGAUUGCGCAAGUGUAGUUACUGGAGCCUUCCACUGACGCUUGAGUGAAAACUUAUUAAGAAAUACUAAUGUAACAUUUAAAGAAAAAACAUUAGAUGCAAACCAGUCUUCCUCCUGGUUAUUCCCUUUGCAUAUUCUCUCCCCGGUAACUCAACAGUGCAAAUAUUUCCAUUAGAGGCCAAAAUAGUUGAUGGUAAUAUUUCUCUUUUCCUUGGCCUUGUCUAGAUGUCAACUUUUGUGACUAUUAAGAGUGUUAUGGUUGUAACACUUGGCUCGUGUGACGUUGCUGUCACAGAUGGUGGAGACAUGGAAGCUCCGCCAUACCCAGGAUGCAGCUGAGUGAUGCUUGAUGUAAACACACGUCAAAGUAGCUAAGAGCCAACUAUUCGCCAGCAAUACAAACACAUCAUAUUGUGUCGCCUUUUCCUUUUAAACAGGGAACCAGGGAUUACGAACAAAGCAAACACCAGCACAUGUCGGGAUGAAAACAAUACACUGUCGAUGUAGGACGCCAUUGCCCUGAGCUGGACGUAUUGUUUUGAAUGAUUUAAACUGUCUUUUAGCAUGCUGCAUUUGUUAAUCUAUGUUCUAAAGUGAGAUUAGUUCUGCUGCUAUCAUUCAACAAAAUGAGUUGGACAGCUGUAUACCUUUUGUUAAGAAUGUAUAAAUGUCCUACUGAAGGAUACACUCUUACUAGAUACUAUAUGUAUGUACAGUAUAUCUUAAAUCAGGUUUUUAGUGUGCUGAAUUUUUUGUGUUGGUUCUGCUUGAUCAAGGGAUUCAAAUAAGUCUCAGCAUCACAAGUUCUGUUUUCUAUGCUGAGGUUCAAAUGUGUAUUUUUUUAUUUGCGUUUGUUUGCCUUUUCAAAUAAAGAAAUAUGCUGCAGAA